AUGAAUAACAACUUUAACAUAAAUGUUCAGGUGGAUGAAGCAGCUCUUAACAAACAUGAAGUUGAAGUGAAUGGUUAUUUUGCAAAAUUAUAUACUGGGGAAAUUACAGUGAAUACAAUGCUGGAUAUUAUGAAAAAUUUAUCCUACUCCCCUAAAGGAUCAAAAAAUAAUGAAGUAUAUAAAUCAAUGUUGCUUAUUCUAUUUAAUGAGUGUAGAUUUUUUCCAAAAUACCCUGUUGAAGAAUUAGAUGUGACAGCUCAAUUGUUUGGAAAAUUAAUUAAACAUAAUUUAUUAAUAUCGUAUGGUAAUACAUUAGCUGUAGCAUUAAAAUGUAUAUUAGAAGCAUUAAAAAAAGGAAAAGAUUCUAAAAUGUUUAAUUUUGGAAUAACUGCAUUAGAACAAUUUGAAGAUUCACUAAUAUGUUAUCCUAGUUUUUUAUCAUCCUUAAUAUCUAUACCUAAUUUAAGGCAAUAUAAUGCCCAAUAUAUAAUUCACUGCAGAAAUUUACUAAACUCGCUUCCUGAACACAUGAGAAACUUACCAUAUAUAGAUUCGUCUACCAUAUUAAAAAUCAAACAUUUUUCUGAAAUGAGUACAAAUAACUCUUCAAAUAUUAAUAUAUCACAAUUGUUAAACAGUGAUUUAAACAACAAUUUAAAAAAUGUGAACAAUUUAAUGCUAAAUUUUAACAAAAAUAGAAAUAAUAAUACUAGUAGCAUUGGUAAUGUUAAUAAUAAUGAUUUUAGCAGGGGUAGUAGUUGUAGCAGUAAUAACAAUAAUAACAAUAACAAUUUAUCUAAUGCUUUAGGUAAUUUACUAAAUAACGGUUGUAAUAACAAUAAUAUAAAUAAUGAUAAUUUAUUAUUAUAUAUCAAUGAUAUUUUACCAAAUUGCACAAAUAAAGAGCAAUCUAUCCAUAAUGUUAAUGAUAUUUCAUCCAUAAAUAGAAAUGAUAACAUCUUUAAAAAUAACAAUGUGAAUGACAACUUAAAUAAUAAUUUAAAUUUAAACAACUUUUCAUCAAUAAAUAAUUUAAAUAAUCAAUUGAAUAUAAACAUUUUAAAUAACGAUAAGUCUAAUAAUACUAGUAGUACAAAUCAGUUAUAUUUAAAUAGGUCCUUUUUAACCUUAAAUGAGAGUAAUCAACUUAAUAGAAAUAGAAACAUAAAUAUAGUAGGAAACAAUUCGAAUGUUAGUAGAGAGAUAAAUUCAAGAAAUAGUUCUUGUUUAAAUGAAAAUAUAGUAGAUACAAAUAUAACAAAUUUUAUAGAUAAUCCAGUUAAAGUAAACAUUAAUGAAAAUAUCAAAUGUGAAGAUAAUGAAGACAAUAAUAAUUCCUUUAAGGAAAAAGAACAGUUAUAUGGUAUAAUUGGAAGCUUCUAUGAUCAACCUCAAAAAAGCUUACCAUCUCAUUUAAAUUUAAGCAAUAUAAGUGGGUUUGGUUUAGGACAAAUUGAAUGCUUAAUGGAUGGAACAGAUUUUACAAAAAAUAUAAUUGUGCCUUCUUCCUUUAUAGUAGGGGAAGUAUAUAGUAUUUUUAACACUUUAUGUUUAUUUAAUAUUGAUGAAAAGGUGAAAAUUUUAAAAAAUGUAAUGCAGCCAGAAUAUUAUAGUUGGCUUGCAUUUUACAUAGUAAAGUCUAGAGCAUCAAAAGAAGUAAACCUACAUAACUUAUUCUUAGAGUUUAUUGAUAAAUUAAGCUACCCAUUAUUUAUAGAUACUAUAAUAAAUAUGACAUAUGAUUGUAUACUUAUAUUAUUUAAGUAUAUAAACGAAUUAAAAGAAGUUAGUGCUUUUAGAACUGUUUUAAAAAAUUUGGGUUCUUGGUUGGGAUAUAUAACAUUGGGAAGAAAUAGACCUCUAAAAUCAAAAAUAUUAGAUUUAAAAUUAGUAUUAUUUGAAGCAUAUGAGAAAGGUUGUUUAGUUUGUAUUUUGCCAAUGGUAUGCAAAAUCUUAGAGUCAGUAAAACUUUCAAAAAACUUUAAACCACCUAAUCCAUGGACAACAACUGUCUUAUGUUUAUUAACUGAAAUACAUGAAUUACCAAAUGUUAAAACAUACAUAAUAUUUGAAGUAGAAGUAUUAUUUAAAAAUUUAUCAAUUAAUAUACAAGAUUAUCAAAAUAAAACAGCAUUACUAAGUAAAAGAAUACCAUACAAUAAAAAAAAUGAUUUUGUAAUAUCAAGAAAUAAUAACAUUUCAUCAAUAAAUACUGAAAUAAAAAAUAUCUCUUUAAAAGAUAAUAUAACAAAUAUUAAUAGCUUACAUAGAGAAGAAAAUUUGAAUGAAAAUUUUAAAUUAGAGGAAUUAGAAAACGCAGGAAAAAAUUUAUUAACAAAUAAUAGAAUGAAUACAGAUAAAAUUCAACAAAUGAAUCAAAACAAUCAGCAAAAUAUAAAUUUAAAAAAUAUAGCAUCUCAAUGGAAUCAAAAUAAUGCUAAUAGAAUUGAUCCUCUUAUGAAUGAUACAACAUUAGUUUCAUCUUUUUCACCUCCAGAUUUAAAUUUAAUUAAUUCUCAUUUUACAAAAAAAUCAGUCAACAAUUUAAAUAAAAAUCCAAAUAUAAUGAAUGAUUUAAAUACUAAUAAUUUGAAGGUGUCUGAUUUUUCUAAUGAUAAUAUUUCUAAUAAUAAAAUAAACAAUAGUAAGUUUCUGCAAAGUUUAAAUAAUGCAGUAAUAAUAUCUCCUUCAAUAGCCUUAUUUCAAAUUCAGCCAAGUUUAAAGAAAGUAGUUCCUAUAGCGGUUGAUAGAGCAAUUAGGGAAAUAAUUUCUGCUAUACUUGAGAGAUCAGUAGCAAUAUCAUGUGUUACCACUAGAGAAAUUAUAUUCAAGGAUUUUUGCUUAGAAAAAGACGAAAAUUUAAUUCGUAAAGCAUCUCAUAUUAUGAUUGCUUCUUUAGCAGGUUCAUUAGCCUUAGCUACCUGCAAAGAACCUUUGCGAAUAUCUCUAACUCAACAUUUAAGGCAACUGUUACAACCAACUAGUACAAAAGAUUGCAAUGACCAGGUUUUAAUUGAGCAAGUAGUUCAAAUUUUGAGUGCAGAUAAUUUAGAAUUAGGUUGUAAUUUAAUCGAACAGGCAGUUAUUGAAAAAGCUAUAAAAGAUAUAAAUGAAGCGUUAGCACCUUCAUUUUUAGCUAGACAAGUAGCAAGUGAAAAUAGCAUAACAUUUAAUGAUUCUUCUUAUGCUAUUAACACAAAAAAGAUACAAAUGGAAUUUGCUGAAGUUUUAAAGUUAGAUUCUCCAAUAACAAAUCAUCAAUUGCAGAUAUAUAAAGAUUUUUUAAAUAUAGCUCCAUUAAAAAAGUUGCAUGCUGCUGCUAAAGCUUUAUCGCUUAUUUAUAAAAAUGUUAAUGAAAAUAAUACAGAGAAUCAACAUCAAAAUUUUCAAGGAAAUGUUUCAUUUUCAAAAGAAAAUUUGCAAAAUAAUCAAGAGAAAAUCGCAUAUUCGAAAAAUAUGUCUCAAGCACAUUUAAAUGAACAGCAAAAUAAUAUUUCAAAAAGCGAUAUAAAAAUAAACAAGGUGAACAAUGUAGAUUAUAAUAUGAAUAAUAAUAUAAAAAAUCAACAAAGUUUUGCUUCAAAAGCAAAUAUAAAUGAAAAUAAUACACAAUCAAAUAUACCCCUUUCAAUUCCAUCAGCAUCUAAUGUUCAGUUUCAUAAAGUUCUGAAAAAAUUAGAACUUGCAACAGGUCAAUUAAAAGAAGCUAUUAAAGAUAUUAUUAUGUUACCUCCAAUGUUAUUUAAUUUAAAUAAAGAAAAAAGUUAUUGCAAUAUUAGUAAAAUGAGUCUUUAUAUUUUAUAUAGUUUAUCAGUGGAUGGAAAUAUAUUUAAUUUAAUUAAAUCUAUACCAGAAAUAGCUGCUUUAACACAUCAUAAAAAUGAAACUAUUAUAUCUUAUUCAAACAAAAUAUAUAAAUUUCUUUUUGAAAUUACUCCAUACAACAGUAAGACACAAUUAAACUAUAGAUUAAAUGAUCCUGCAGGUAUUUAUUUGGAGGUAUUUUUAUGUAUACUAGAAAAAUUAAAAAAAAAAUGUCCAUUAUUAAAAAAACACAUAUCUAAUUUUAUAAUGCCUAAUAAUAUUUAUUCAUCAAAUAAGAAUAAUACAGAAAAUAGAAAUACAUCAUUUUUAAAUAUGAAUGAAUCUCCUAAAGAAAACGAAAUAAAUAACGAAUCGAAAGAUGAAAUAAAUAACGUAGUAAAAAAUACUUGCUUGAAUAAUAAUUCGGAUACAAAUAAUGAAAGCAAAGAUGAAAUGAAUAAAAAAAAUAAUGAAGACUUAUAUAAAUACAAUGUAAAUGUUAUAUCUGGUCUAAUUAGGUAUAACCUAGUUGAUAUAGAAAAAUACAAACAAUAUCUCGAAAGAGAACUCAUUGAAGAAAAAUGUUUUAAUUGUACAGAGUUCGUUGUUUUAUUAUUAAAAAAUAUUUUAUUAGAUUUUCAAAUUUUUAGAUAUAAUGAUUUUGAAAACAUUUUUUCAAUUUUAAAUACAUUUAAAGAACAGAAUAUCGUUCCAAAUAAAAUUAUUUAUACUAAUAAUUGGACACCAAUGACUAUCAAUUCAGCGAUUAAAAAAUUAACAGAAGAAUCAAAAAAAAUACAAGAAAAAGAGGAUAGUAUAUUUUUCUCUGAUUUAUUAGAUUUUUGUGAAGAAUAUAUGAAUAGUGAUGAUGAAUAUGAUGAAGAAAAUGAAGAAGAGAAAAAAAAAGAAAAAUUGAAAAAAGGCCAAGAGAAUGAAGGUGAAAAUGAAGAAGAUAUAAAAAAAAAGGAAGAAAUAAAAGAGGAAAAAAAGGAAAAGGAAAUAAAAACACAUGAUAAUAAGAAAAAUAAAAUUGAACAAUAUAUACAGUCAGACAAUAUUAUAGAAAAUGUAAAUGAAGAAAAAUUAGAUAAAGUAGAUUUGAAUGAAAAAGAAAAAGAAAAUUUUAGUAAAAUAGAAAAUGAUUUAAUAAAUAAUAAAAAUAAGCAUGAAAUAGAAAAAAGUAAAUCCUCAAAUGA